CGACUUGGGCGGGCAUUUUUGAACGGAGCGCUGCUGUUGUGUAAGGUUGUGUUCACGUUCAGCUGUAAAGACCGGGAGAAAAUCAAAAGACCGGAGAGAAAAUCAAAAAGAAGGAUUUAUUGUUUCACUGGGGAAGGUUUAGUAUGAACGAAGGGACGCCUGGAAACGUGAUGGCGGAGUCAAGUAACCAGAGGAGACGGUCAGCACGGUUAAACUCUCCUCCGCUAGCUGAGGCUAAAAGUGACAACAAGAUGGCGGUGGCGGUGAAACGCUCCAUCACCGUGAGGAAGAUAGCGCCCCGAAAAACCGCCGCUCCGUUGGACCACAACAAGGAGAACACCCCGGGGCGGAGGUCCGGCUCGGCGGGCGUCCAAAAGAAUACCCCGGGACGGAGGACCGGCUCGGAGGCAGUCCAGAAGAACACCCCGGGGCGGAGGACCGGCUCGGAGGACGUCCGAAAAAACACCCCGAGGCGGAGGACCGGCUCGGAAGGGAUCCAGAAGAACACCCCGAGGCGGAGGACCGGCUCGGAGGACGUCCAGACGAAGAAGCAGAGCGUCUCCACCCCGGGUCAUGCCCCGGAGAGCGGCGGCUCCUCCUCGGCUAAGAGGAAGAAGAAGCAGGCCGCCAUGCCGUCCCCGAUCCUCCCGUCCCCCUCGCAGCCGGCUUCCGUCCCCCCGCAGCCGGAUCCAGAGGACUUGGUGUGGUCUCAGAAGGUUCGCCGGUCCUACAGCAGGCUCAGCGACAGGUCCUUCAGCAGCCCCGACUCCAGGGAGACUUUAUUCGGCUUCGAGAAGCUUCAGACCCCCGAAGUGGGCCGGAGAGCCGAGCAGUCCAGGGCUGGAGGUCUGGAGGUUUCCGAGUCUCUGAACUCUUUCACGUCUCUGCUGGAGGCUGAUGACGGCGAGUCGGUUUUCCCUGAACCGGACCCGAACAUCCCCGGAGUGGCCGUGGUGAAGGAGAAGAGGAGGAGGAGGAAGAAGGUCCAGCAGAUCCCCUCCACGGAGCUGGAGGUUCUGGCUGCCAGGAUGAACGCAGAGUUUGAGGAGGCAGAGGAGUUCCAGCUGGUGGUGGAGUGAAUAUUCAGACUGAAAAACCUUUUUAAAAACUCAAGAAAUCUUUUCCUACUGCUCUGUUUCUGUCUCUAACAGGCAGAAGAACAGCAGACUCUGGAGGACAUCACUGACAAACGUGUUUUUCACACUCAGAACUUUCUGUUUAUUUCCAUGUUUUCUGUUGUAAAGUUUGAAUCUUUGAAUAUUUCUGUGUUUCUGGUUCAUUCAGAUGCUCCUAAUGUGGUAGUUUGUGUGGAGGUUUAGAGGAAAAGUUUUGGUUUGUUUUCUAAAUCACAGAACUUCUUUAUAAUUAAAACAUUUAUUCAGAUUUUCUUUACUGUUGUUUUUCAAUGGGCUUUAAUUGACUGAAAUAUUUAGUCUCAGACUGGUUGACUGUGUACAUGGGAGACAAACAUGUUAUGUUGAUAAUAGUUCUAAGGUUUGUGAAGAUCAGGGCGGAUCUGAAAGCCUUAAAGGGAUAUUUUUCUGUCAGGAAGUUCUAACUUUUUAGACUGAAAUGACAUUUUUAUGAUUGUUAUGCAAUAUUCAAUUAUUGCUUCUUGAAAAUGGAAAGAAAGGUGUAAAGCUUUCAGUCCAGGCUGGUCUAGUGUCCAUAAAGUUCCUGUCUGUGUUUAUAUCUAUGGAUGGAUCCAUAAAAUCCAGUCUCUGGUCCACAUUUCUCCACCUGUUGAGGCUCUAACAUCAGUAGAAUCUGAUGUUACAGUUUGACCACACAAGGUUCCAGUUUUUAGAUUUUUUUUUUAAUCUUGUACCAAAAUAUUGGAAAAUGUCUGAAGAUUUGUCCAGAAUUACUAUAAAUGGUCCAAAAUAUCGUUAAUUAAAGUUAUUGGUCCCUUAAAAUGUUUAUGAUGUGAAAGCACCACACUUCCCUCAGAUCUUCAGAAUAAGACAAACUAUGAGUGCUGUUGGAUUGUUUUUUAUCCGUUUUAUCUUCAUCUUGUCUGUACAUGUAAAUAAAUGCUGGAUUAAUUAAAACACCAGGUCUGACAUUAA